AUGCCAUCAUUCCUGCCCGACGAUCGCGACCACCACAAUUCUUUUCCGAACAAAUCCUUAUCACCACCCGUCCCGACACAACAACAACAAACCCCCGCCGUCGACUCCCUUCCCGGAGCAUGGCCCAAACCCACACCUGGCUUGCCCAAUGGCUUGCAACAUGGAGCAGACGGUGCUAUAUCCUCCCUGCCUAAUGGAAGGUCGUCAGAGUCGCACAGCACACGCGGGAGGACCGUCUCGUCCAAGGGUAGCAUGCCCUCGAUGCUGUCAUCCAAGAGUGACAAUGACCUCAAAUCCGCCGACCUGUCCUCGCUUCCUCGAGAAGACGACGGCUAUUUUGCACAAAAGCCAAAUGGAGUUCCUCGGUCACCCAACCUUUCCCAACACGCCCUUGCUGUCCCCGAAGACGUUUCGCCAACCUCAUCUGCUCUGCCGCUCCAAACAAUGCCAAGCCCUGUGCUACCACCCGUGAGUGAGGCUGGUCCUUUCACCAACGAUGGUAUGCUCCGUGUACCACACUCAACACACCGUGCCUCUUCUCCUCCUGCUUUCUCCCACACCUCUUCGUCCAUGGCCUCCGUCUCGUCCCAACCUCCAGGUCGCUUGGUUCACCGACAUACUCUUGAAGUCCCUAGUGUGGCUGGCCGCACUUCUCGUGACAGCCAAGCACCCUCUACUCAUGAUGGUAAUGUCGUCUCUGCCACUGGUCGUUUCUCACCUACCACUCCAAGCAGAAGGAGAGGUUCUUCUCAACUUGUUCGCCGAGGAACACGUUCAAUUCAAUCAGACGCCCAUCUCGAUGAAGUUGUCCCGGACGACGAUGCUGUACGAUGGGCUGAGCAUAUCAAGCAAAAGAGAGCAAGCAAGCGGAAGCGAGAUGAAGAUGAUGAACGCGUCGUUGUUGGUACUAAAGUCGAUCAGAACCAUGUCAACUGGGUGACCGCAUACAACAUGCUUACUGGAAUCCGAUUCUGUGUAUCGAGGACAAACGCAAAAAUUGACAGGGACCUGACUGACGCCGAUUUUGACGCAAAGCACAAGUUCUCGUUCGAUAUCACCGGCAACGAACUCACUCCCUCGGCCAAGUACGACUUCAAAUUCAAGGACUACGCUCCCUGGGUCUUCCGUCAUCUUCGUCACAAGUUUGGUCUGGACCCCGCCGACUACCUUGUUUCUCUGACCUCAAAGUACAUUCUCUCUGAACUUGGCUCUCCCGGCAAAUCUGGCAGCUUCUUCUACUUCUCGCGCGACUACAAAUACAUCAUCAAAACCAUUCAUCACGCCGAACACAAAUUUCUGCGCAAAAUCCUUAGAGACUAUUAUUCACAUGUCCAGGAGAAUCCUAACACACUUCUCAGUCAAUUUUAUGGUCUCCACAGAGUUAAGAUUCCUUAUGGGAGAAAGAUCCACUUCGUUGUCAUGAACAACUUGUUUCCGCCUCACAGGGACAUCCACAGGACAUUCGACUUGAAAGGAAGUACAAUCGGUAGAGACUUCAAAGAGGAAGAGCUAGAAAAAAAUCCAAGGGCAACACUCAAGGAUCUGAACUGGCUACGACGCAAUCUCCACCUAGAAUUUGGUCCAACCAAGAAGGAUGCAUUCGUAGAACAGAUGCAGAAAGACGUUGCACUUCUCCAGAAGUUGAAGAUUAUGGACUACUCGAUGUUGGUCGGCAUCCAUGAUUUGCAGCGAGGCAACGAAGACAAUCUACGAGACAAGACUCUGCAGGUCUUCCAACCCGGAGGUCACAAAUCUGAGGAUCAACCGCCAAACAUGCUGAUGCGGACGCCUAGCAAGCUUGAAAACGCACGAAAGGCACAGGAAUUGCGAGAGCUCAUUAAGAACGAAAAGCCUAUACCAAUGGGUCAAAGCUUGGACAAGAUGCCUGAUGAAAUGGCCGGAGGUCACAGGAAGCAAUCUUAUUUCUAUAGUGACGACGGAGGUUUUAGAGCAACCCACGAGAACGACAUGGCUGGAGAUGAGAUCUACUACCUCGGGAUUAUCGACUGCUUGACACAUGUAAGUCGAUGGAACCAUCUGUUGAAGCAUACACUGACAUACUACAGNUAUUCAAUGAUCAAGCGCUUCGAGCAUUUCUGGAAAGGCCUAUCAUCCCCAGAGUCACAAAUCUCUGCUAUACCACCUGAACGUUAUGGCGAUCGCUUCGUUAGGUUCAUAUCAGGCAUCACCAAGUCACGAGAGCGUGCAGAGGCAGAGAAGGAGCAGCUCCUCGACCAGGGUAGUGAUAGACUCAACCAGGCCAUUCACAACAUCGAAGGCACUCUCGACGACCCUCAGCUCUCUGGUGUCAACAUGCUUAGAUCUCCGGACCAAAAUCCUGCUGGCACCGAUAAGGUCAUGCGAAAGGCAGAAAAACAGGCAGAAAAGAGCAAACAUCGCGGCGCCAAUGAGGAUGAAGUCCCGGACCGCGCUAUUGGCGCAGUUAGAAGCCCUCAUGCCGAGAACGACAACAUGAUCACACUGCCCGUCAUCGGCGAGGCUGCAGAAAACGGCAGNCCCUCUUCGAGAACACCUACCCGCACAAUAACUCCUCAGCGUUCAAAAGAAUCUUUCGGCGGCCGUAAAGGUAGCACUCAAACUGCCGCCCGACAAAACGAACUUGGCAGCCAAACUCUUGGUGAGGUACCACCACCUACGCCUCCGAAAACAGACGGGCCGCCCUCCUCCAAAGAGUCCAUUGAAUUUGAGAACCACGGUCGUACUGUCAACAACUUCAGUCGUCCAUUAACACCGCCAAAGGAUGAUAAAUACAGCCUGCGCGACCAAAGANNGACAGACCGCCGACACCACCCAAAGACGAAAGAUAUAGUCUCGACAAGGCUCUGCCUCUGCCGCCAUCCUCAAACAGACGGAGUUCAUGAAGACGAGGUGGAGGCUUUGAGCACAAGGGUUUCUGCUCUCUAG